AUGACGGCAAUCCGUGUAGCUCUCAUAGGUCUUUCCUCGGUAGCAAAGACUUCUUGGGCAGCUCAAGGUCACCUCCCAUAUCUAUCCUCUGCCAAAGGCAGGCGUCACUAUGAAAUCGUUGCUCUGCUCAACUCCACCAAGUCUGCAGCCGAGGCAGCGCGACAACACUUUGGCCUGCCGAGCAAUGUGAGGACCUAUGGAGAUCCAACAUUGCUUGCACAGGAUCCCGAAGUUGACUUGGUCGUCUGUAAUACACGAGUCGAUGUGCACUUCUCAAGCAUAGAGCCCUCCAUUGCAGCGGGAAAGGCCGUCUAUGUGGAGUGGCCGCUCACUGAGAACCUGCAACGGGCCUAUCAAUUGACCAGAGGCCAACCUUUACCUAACAGCAUCAUGGGUCUUCAAGGGAGGGUCGCGCCCGUGAUUACAACCUUGAAAGAUUUAUUGGACUCUGGGCGCAUCGGGCCAGUUCUCAGCAGCGACAUUAAGGCAUUUGGGAAGUUACUGGCCAACGAUGCACUGCCAACUGGCCUCUCCUAUUUUGCCGAAAGAGCAGUGGGAGGAAACCCAAUCACCAUUGCGUAUGCACACAUGAUAGACUUUGUCCACGAGGUUUUGGGCAAUUUCGAGUCGUUCCAGAGCCGCAUGACUAUCCAACAGCCCACUAUAAAGCUUCUGGGAAGCGGUGGCGAGGACCUUGGUACGGUCACGUCUGACGUGCCAGAUUUUCUCGCCGUACAUGGAAUUGUCAAAGGCCGGCGAACUGCUUCGGAUGGUGCUGUUUUGGCUGUCACGUUUAGAAAUGGCAAGCCUUUCAAAGACACACCCGCCUUCACCUGGACCAUCAAUGGUCAGAAGGGAGAGAUCCUUGUGGUUAGCCCUUCCGGACCAUAUAUCCAUUCAGAUUCCUACCAUGCUCCAAUUACCAUCCAGGUCCACGAUCAUGCAACGAAUCAGGUAGAAACAGUGGAAUGGGAUUGGGAGGACUGGCAAAAAGAACUUCCCAUCAGAGCACGAAUCGUUGCAGAAUUAUAUGAGAGAUUUGCCUGGUGGUGGGAAAAUGGUAGGCCAACAGGUCAGCUACCAGACAACAGGGAGUGGCCAAGGCUCCACGAUGGUUUAGGAAGGCUUCAAGAGCUUGAAGAGCUGUUUGCUCAGUAUGACAAACAGCAGUGA